AGGUGCCAGCUGCUGCAACAUGGGUCUGGCAGCGCCAGCGUCCCCUGGCGCACGAGCCCCUUCCGGUGCCGGUUCCCGCGCUCUGGCCCGGGCAAGCCCUUGGUGAGCUGGGCAUCUCCGCUCCCCGCUGGACUUCCGGGGCUCCGGGCCCCUAACCCACUACGACUCGUCCUCGCCCGCUGUAGGGCCGCCGCUCUCACGCGGAGGCUGCGGGCAGCCGGGCGCACCGUGUGGCCUGCCCUGGCCGGGCGCUGGGAGGGCCAGGUGGGGCGCGGUGCUCACUGAACACCCCGCGUGGCCCCGGAGUUCGGGUCAAGGAGAACAGUAGACACUGAGCGAGGUGAGCGGGUUCCCUGGGGAGAACCGAUGGCUGGGGAACCCGUGAAUCUCGCCACCCACCAGCGCCCUCGUUUCUGAGGCUUUGGGGAACGUGUUAUUGGCCAGACACGUCCCAGAAACUGCUUGCCUUAACCCAAGAAUAUGUGCGAAAAGACCCUUGGCAGCGUUAAUGCCCUUUGCCAUUCCGAAAAUGUGCAAAGGUUCGGUUCGAUUUACAGAAUGGAUUAAAUCUGCCAGCACGACUUUUGUUCAUUGCUGCUAUCUUUUUCAUUUUUGUAGUUUGGUGAAGGAUUAAUGUUAGUUUCACCAUUUAGCUGUUUAAUACUGCAGACACGUAGCUAUUGAAAAUCAAUAGAACAACAGGACUUUACCAGAGCAGGUAAUUAAGGGAAUUAGACUCUGAAGAACUAAUAGAAGAAAGAAGACUUCUCUUGACUCAGUCAAAAUUUAUCUGAACGUUUACCAAUUUACCAGUCUAGCCUUCCUCCUUAGACUCAUUGUCUGUAGAAGGCUAGUUCAGUGUUAACGACUUAAAUCCAUUAAAAGUGAUCAAAAGAAGCUGAAACCAGUAAGGUCUAAUCAAUAUUAUUGACAACAGGUAACUGGCAUUUCAAAAUUGAUGUAAAGAUAAAUGCACAAAUAAAUUAUAUAAUAAAUGUAUUAUACAAUGUUAUUCUAUAAGCUAUAAUACAUACAGAAAAUUUAAAAAUAUACACUUUAAAUAAGGUGUGGAGCAUCAAAAUAUGUUGUCGGGUGAUCCCACCUUUUAAAAAUUCCUGUUAUUUUUCUGAUUCUUGCAUCAGUGGAUCAUAGUUUUCCUAUUAUUGCUCUUGGAGCAGAAGUUGGUACUUUUAUUGCCACCUGAAGAACUUUUAAAAGCCUGAAAUUGAGCUAGUUGGCAUUACAGGUAUAAUUGGGUGGAUAUGAGGGGGAAUAUGUCUUAACUAACUUAUUAUAUAAAUGUGUAUUAGAGCCUCAGGCUAUUAAAACUUGAAAGUGUUUCAAAGUCCAUCUAGUCCAGCCGCCUCUGUUCCCAGGAAGAGGCAGACCCAAGCAGCGGAAAUGACUUUCCCCUGACUUCUGUGGCUCCCCAGGGCUUUUGGUAUAGAACCUGACUCUCUUAGUCCCAGGAACACUGGACACUUUCCUGUCUUUACUUCUAAGGUUUGGGGAGACUGAAAAUGAUUUCUAAAAGUGUUUGUCAUGUUUGUGUCCCUUCUGUAUGGCUUUCAGCUCUGGCAUUCUCUACAGAAUCUAGGCCUUGGGUAUACAUAGAUGAAUAUGACAACACCCCUGCCUCAGAGAGAGCACAGGGUAGUUAGAAAAGCAAAUAGGACAAUGGAGGUGGAAGCCAUAGAAAUGUACUUAUUAGGGGCGCCUGGGUGGCUUAGUUGGUUGAGCAUCUGACUUUGGCUCAGGUCAUGAUCUCACAGUUUGUGGGUUCCAGCCCCAUGUCAGGGUCUGUGCUGACAGCUCAGAGCCUGGAGCCUGCUUCGGAUUCUGUGUCUCCCUCUCUCUCUGCCCCUCCCCCGCUUGUGCUCUGUCUCUCAGUCUCUCAAAAAUGAAAAAACAUUAAAAAAAAAAAAAAAAGAAAUGUGGUUAUUAGUUUAGGUAAUGCUAAUGCAUAAGCAGACCUUGACACUAGCUUAUGAGUGAUAGAGGACCUUUAAUUUCAUUCUCCCUCCUGCAGAAAUUAUAGGAUUAAUUCUGAUUUGGUCUUAAAAGCAAACGUCAUAUAAAUGGAAUUAUUCAAAUAAUCAUGCCCCCAAUAGACUUAUAUUUUUGUUGAUUCAAACAUUUGGAAAGUAGUUGGAUUUUUGUGGUUUCUUUCCUUUUUGCAGAAAAUCAACAUCUAAGUCAACUAUUUCUCUUAUAUUUUUGAACUAUGUCAGAAUUGUAUGAAGAGAUCUUUAAUUGACUUGAUCAUUUCAUUCAUAGUUUGUAAUGCAUGUAUGUUUUUUUAUCAUCUUAACGAAUGUAGAAUUCCUUCAGAUUUGUCUAAUAACAUCCUUUCAGAAUGCCCAACCUAUACCAAUUAAUUAUUCUACCACCUAAAACCUGUACUUUGGUAUGAUAAAAAAAAAAUGAUUGGAAAUGUAUGGCUAAUUAUAUGACCUUAUUUUGGAAAGAAAUACUUAUCAUUAGAAUGAAAGUUAAAGAUAUUUUUGGUUCCCAUUUGGAACUCUAUUUCUGAAACAGGAUAAUUAAUAUAAUCUGUAAACCUACAUGGUUUUUGUCAGGGACCAAUUUGUAUAACUAAUAAUAGGUAAAGUUUUUUAAGUACCAGAGAAGGAGGACAGGUAAUUUAGUCAGGAAAUAGUGCCACUUUGUGUUAAGGUUUAUGUAAGCAUGUGUAAAAUGUAUACUCUUUGAAAUGUAUUUGCUAUAGAUUUUUACAUUAAAUAGUUGAAAGAAUGUUCAUUACCUCUCCUACAUAGAAGUAAACCAGAAGUUUACUACUUUUUAAUUUGUGAUGUGCUAUCAAGUAGAGUUUUUAUGGGAAAGAAAGUAGAGACUUAAACUGGACGAUGAAAGGAGUAAAUGUUAUAUCUGUGUAUGUAUAAGUGAUUAGUAAUGUAUUUAUUAUGUGCAUAUAGGAUAAUAUGGAAUGUAUAUGUGUAUGAUAUAAUGACUUAAUGACAGUUAAAAACAGAGCCUCCUCAAUAUCCUAAGCCUUCAAAUAAAAGAUAUGAGAGUGUUAAUUUUUUGGAAACUAUUUAAAAAAUCAGUUUUUCCAUUUACCUUUUCUGUGUUCAGAAUCAGUGUCAUAGUGGGAAUGUGAUAGAAAACUUUGUAAUUGCUAUGGUUUAUGAAUAUUGGUGAUUGCCUUUUAGACAAAUUAAUUCCUCAUUCCUCUCUCCCCACCAUGUAUGUCUAUAUACAGAUAUACAUAUCAGUGAAUAGUUGUGCACUAUGCUAAAUAUUUUAUAUAUUUCAUUUCAUCUUAGUAGAAAGUUAAAUGAGGUAUUAUCAUCAUUUAACAGAUAAAGAAAUGGAUAUACUUAGUGUGUGACUGGUGGGGUUCAAACCUGGCUUUAAUUCAUAAGUACCAAAGAAGUCUAUUUACCAAUAUUUAGUUCACAGAAAUAAUUUUGAUAUAAUACCUAUAGGGGUAGUAAGAUACAGCUGCCAUUUUUUAUGAUUGUCCUUUUGUUUCUUUGUUUUUACAGAGUUUUCAAGAUGAAUUAUACCGAGUCAAGCCCAUUGACAGAAUCAACUGCAAUAGGUUUUACACCUGAGUUAGAAAGUGUCAUACCCGUGCCUUCCAAUGAGACCAUAUGUGAAAACUGGAGAGAGAUACAUCAUCUAGUUUUUCAUGUAGCAAAUAUUUUUUUCACAAUUGGGUUGGUUAUUCCAACUAGUCUUCAUCUUCAUAUGAUACUUCUUAGGGGGAUGUUAACUAUAGGAUGUACCCUUUAUAUUGUCUGGGCCACUCUCUACCGAUGUGCCUUGGAUAUCAUGAUCUGGAACUCUGUGUUCCUGGGUGUCAACAUUUUGCAUCUGUCAUAUCUUUUGUACAAGAAAAGACCGGUAAAGAUUGAAAAGGAACUCAGUGGCAUCUAUCGCCGAUUGUUCGAACCACUCCGUGUGCCUCCAGAUUUGUUCAGAAGAUUAACUGGCCAGUUUUGUAUGAUCCAAACCUUAAAAAAGGGCCAGGCUUAUGCUGCAGAGGAUAAAACCUCCGUUGAUGACCGUCUGAGUAUUCUCCUGAAGGGGAAAAUGAAGGUUUCCUAUCGAGGACAUUUUCUGCAUAACAUUUACCCCUGUGCCUUUAUAGAUUCACCAGAAUUUAGAUCAACUCAGAUGCACAAAGGCGAAAAAUUCCAGGUCACCAUCAUUGCAGAUGAUAACUGCAGAUUUUUAUGCUGGUCAAGAGAAAGAUUAACUUACUUUCUGGAAUCAGAACCGUUUCUAUAUGAAAUAUUUAGGUAUCUCAUAGGAAAAGACAUUACCAAUAAGCUCUACUCAUUGAAUGAUCCUACCUUAAAUGAUAAAAAGGCCAAAAAGUUGGAACACCAGCUCAGCCUGUGCACACAGAUCUCCAUGCUAGAAAUGAGGAACAGUAUAGCCAGCUCCAGUGACAGUGAAGAUGGCUUACACCAGUUUCUUCGGGGCACCUCCAGCAUGUCCUCUCUCCAUGUGCCAUCCCCACACCAGCGGGGCUCUGCCAAGAUGAAACCAAUAGAAGAAGGGGUGGAAGAUGACGAUGAGGUCUUUGAGCCCGCGUCUCCAAAUACAUUCAAAAUCCAUCAGUUGCCUUGAUCAGACAGCGGGGCCAAGUUACCAAGAUGGAAACUGUCUUGAAGAGAUCCUGAAAAAUACCAGCACUUCUUCAUGACUCAUUGAUCACUCUGCUUGAGCACUGGUGGUCUGUGCGUAGGAAAGUAAGGAAAGGUCAAAACCUGCAAAGGUUAUUUUCGCUCUCCUUUUAUUGAUCAGCUUUUUAAGCAGUUGUUUUACUGAGCCUUCUGACUAAACCUAGUUCUAUUUUGAGAUAUAUAUUUUCACAGUAUUUUCUAGAUAUAUUAUUGUUCUGACUUAGCACUCUGUCAAUGCAAAUGCCUUUUCACUUACUUUCUCCAAGUUGUGGUUCAUUUUCCUCACAUUUUUUUCUCCACUGUGGCAAUGGGGUUGUCUAUUUGAUAGUUUUAACGAAAGUAUAAUUUUGAAACUGAGGUUGAGAUGGCAUUAGAAAGCAGGGAUUCUCAGGCCUUGUUUAAUUGAUUUUUUAGCUGGAAAUUUUUAAAGAAAGAUGUGAUUUGACUGGCGUUUUUUAUGUGUUUCGUUUUUGUUUUUCCCCCUCCCAAGUCAGACACAUCACUCCACUAGAUCCCCUUACUUAUUUGAGCAUUGUGUAGAUAGCUUCAUAAUGAACAAAACUCUUCAGACUUUGCACAUUACCCUUAUAUCAUGCUAUUUAUAAUCGGGUCUGAAACCCAAAGCUGGAAAGAUAGCAGAUGGAAGGAUUCUGAGCUCAGUUUGACCUAUGGCCAAACUCGACUUACCUGUGAUUUGGGGCCAUCUUGUCCCACACACGCUGGUGUGGGGAAUAUGCUUUUCUCGGGGUAGGGAGUCAAGUGGCCAAGCAAAUGUUACAGAGUGAGGUGAUUGAAGGAGCAAUUUUUAUUCUUUGGUCGGUAUUCUGAGGUUUCAGACUGUUCCUCCAGAGCAAUCGAUGUCUUUUUAAAAUGUUUGCCAGAUACCCAGUGCCAGGGUUCCAAAUGUGAACACAGCUUUGGGGGCAGACAGUUCCCCAUCAGUCAGGUGAUGGGCACCCAACCUAGAUGUUGCAGUGAGGGCUUUGAUUCCAGAUCUCUCUUUUCUACUAGAAUCAUGUUUCAGGAAACAGUGGCAUUUAUGGUGGGAGAUAAGAAGUUUGCUGAAAUCGUCGGUCAAACAGGGCAGUGUGACUGUGGCACUCAGUUGGGUGAAGCCCAUUGAUUGGCUAUGCUAUGUCAUACAUCAUGUUGAUUUUAUUUUAUCCACCAGAACCAACUUGAGUCAGUCCCCUGUUAUAUUAAAUAGCUAAGAAAAAUUGCAAAUGAAAUUAUUUUCAAGUGAGCUGAGCCAAAAACAACAUCUCUUGCCAAGAGGUGAUUUCUGUUAGAGAAGGUAGAUAAGCUAGUCUGGGGUCACCUCAUUUUCCUAAAUCCAUUUUUUUGAGGCUAAUUAUUUUAGUAAUUUCACUGGAUUUAAAUUUACAUGCUCGGCCACUCACUAAGAAGAUUUCCACAGACUGGGAAUUUGGCUCCUAACGUCUUUAUCAAAUGUUGAUUCAUUAACAUCACAGUAGAAAGGCUGAUUUCACUUUCCUAUUAGAGUGGCCUCGUCAGUUUUCUACAUUAUGAAUUUAUUUUGGGGAACAGAAGCACAGAUGAAUGACUUAGCCUUGGCUUUAAGAUUGUAAAGAUUCAUUCGGGUGAAGUCUUUUUGCUGUGCCCGAGAUCACAUGUGUGGAUAACUAUAAUGUAAUGGCGUUAGAACUGCUUUCCUCUAACUGUUAGAGUAAGGUCAUGUAGACCAUUUAGUUUAUACACGCCUAAGACUCAUUUACAAAAUCACUCUAUAGAGUAAUUAGAAAUUACAUCCUUCCCUGAAUAGAAAGUAAUUUUAGAUUCUGCUGAGGCCGUGUUUUUAAUGUUCUUGUGGAUUCACAGAACCUUGGGGUUUCCCUAGCCUGACCCAUCUUCAGGUAUAUCUCACUUGGUCAAGCUCAGACAUUGGAAAGGGUCGUCUCUCAUGAUCAACCUGCAUGUGUUUAGAGGUUUUUUUCUGUGAAGCUGGGAACAAACAUUUUUAAAGGCACACUGAAAAAAUUAGAUGAUGUGAAUUCAUUCGCUGUUUUUAUUAAAAUCCGUGUGGGCGCGUGCACACACAUCCGUGUUAUUGAAAACAAAGAUUGUAAUCUCAAGCUUAGGAAUCUGAAAAGGGCCACUUAGCCUGAAUGGGAAACAUGAAACUGCUUUUAAAUACACACCUCUCAAGACAGUGAGACUUGGGGAAAAGGAGACGCAAGCCACUGAGGAGCCCUCCCACAUAGACUUGAUAGCAAAGAAGCAAGAUAAGAAAACAGAACAGUUUUAAGUGUAAGAUCUCCUAUGGGUGACUUUGAAUUCAUUUGUACAAGUGAACAAGCAUAUCUUUGUAUAAGGCAUAAAUACAUAGACAAAAAAAACAUGUUUGCUGCCAAAACCACCACUAAGAUGCUUCCUGUGUUUUUUGGUGUCCAUUUAGCUGUGUGACCAAGGUUCAGAAAAUGAUCUGCAAAAAUUGUUCUAUAUAUAACCCCAAAUCUACUAUGUUUAAUUGUAGCAUUGAGUCCACUGUAUGAAUCAGGAGUGUAACAUUUAUACCAGAAUAUAUGUGUCAUUUGUAAUGUUUUGAAAGCCCUCAUAUUUCUAUUUAUAAAAUAAUAGCAGAGAUACUAGAUAGAAACUCAAUGAUGUUUAUGUAUCUUAAAUUAGUAAUAACGGGUGCUAUAUAAUGGUCAGUUACCAACUGUUGCUUUCUGAGAUCUUUUCCACUUCUCCCUCUAGUUCAAUUGUCCUUUUGUCAUUGGACACCUUUGUGCUUUGCUGCUAAUUCGCACGCACUGGCAGAUGCCAACUUCUUCAUGUUUGGCUCUCCUUCCACACGUCUGAAGCUUUUCUGAUUUUAUAACUCGGAACUGCUAAUUCCUACCUUCUGGGUCCUGUCAUGGGCCCAAAGACGGGGCUUCUUGGAUGCCAGAAAAAGUCUUCGGGGAGAGUUGUAACCUACACAUUCUGCCUUGUCCCUGGUGCACCCAGGCAAUGACUCCAGCCUCCAGGGAAGACUGUGAUGCUGGUGCAUGUGUGGUAGUGCCCAGCAAGCACUCGGCACGCAGGUCAGUCCCUGCAUGCCCACGUCCUGCCCGGUGCCCUCCUCCCUGCAGACCCCACAGUGCAGCCUCAAGGGGUCACAGUUAUUUAUUUCUUUUAUCCAUUUCUUUGGACAUUUCUAAAGCCUCUCUCCAAAAACCUCUGACCUUGCCAUGCCUCGGUUUCCCUUCCCUUCCUUUUUUCCAACCCUGGUUUCCCAAUUUCUGUUUCUCAUGAUCCCCAACCAGAGUGAUUAGAAAUUCUCACCUGUUCAAUUCAAAUUCCCAAGGACCUGAAAGGAUAGAAUACUGUGUAGGGAACUCAAGGUUGCAGUGUGGUCACGGCUGUUUUCUCACUGACAGCCUUUCUUCGAUUCUCAUAGAAGCCCCAAAUACCUUGCGUGUGACGAUAUAGUGUCCUUUUAAAAACCUGCUUUUAAGUACUAUUUACAGGUUAUUCUGUUAUACUUGCAACCUAGUUUUAAAGUACACGAGGAUUUUAUUAAUACUUUAUACAGACACGUUUAUAGGAAACUCGCUCUUUCUGUUUUUAGGUGCCAUUUACAUUGAUGCCAUUUACUUUAUAAUCAAUUUACAUUUUGUCCGAAUAGAGCCUUCUGGUUUGAAAUAUCUUCAUAUACUGUCAUUUGAUCAAAUAAAUUUCUUACUUAGAAAAUAUGCAUGUUUUUUAUUUCAUUCCUCUUACAUAUAG